AGGAGAUGAACAGAAAUUGCUGAAGGUUGAAGAUUUGAGUGGGUGGCACUGGCAAAUAUUGCUGAAAGUUCACUGUUGGACUUGAGUGGGUGGGUUCUUCACUCACAGUUUUACUUUCUGGAGUUUAAUUUGUGCUAUUAUUUUAGAAAAUGCAGGGUUGGGGGUGAGCGGUUAGGGUUUGCCCAACUACAGUGAAGAAGAGUAGUUGGCUCAUGAGCAAAUGAAGCAUGUCGAAGCUUGAAAAAGCAUGAGAUCUUCCUCUUCCUCUUCAUUCUCAAAUGUAUUAUUCCUCACACGCCGCUCUCUUCAUUUCUAUUCGCCUUAUUCUCCAUUCUCUUGCAAAGCUCUUAUUCACCGCAUCUCAAACACAUGUCUCCAAUUUAACCCCAAACUCUUGAACUCCCAUUUUGUUUCCAAAUUACAGCCCAACCAUGUCCACCACAUCCCUCUCAGCCUCCAAUCCAACUCCAUUUCCACCCUUCACUUCCUUGAUUGGUCCUGCAACUCUCUCGGCUUACACCACUCCCCACAGUCCUUUUGUGCCCUUAUUCAUCUGCUGCUCCGUCACCGAAAGCUCGCUCCGGCUUCACACCUUUUUGAUAAAAUGGUACGCCAAUUUGGGACUCAUUUUCACUUUUUUGCUGCUCUUUCUGAGAUUUCUCCCAAUUAUGCUUCGGAUUAUAGUGAUCUUUAUAGCUUUCUGAUUGAGAACUUUUGUCGGAAUGGGAUGCUAGAUUCGUCUAUUGAGACAUUCAUUCAUAUGUGUAAAUUGGGAGUUCCGGUGUCUCCUUACGUGUUAUCUAGAAUGUUGACUUUUUUGGUUGAUUCAAAUCGUGUCCAUGUGAUUCUUAAUUUAUAUGGAGAAGUGUGUAAAGCAUUGAGAGGACAGUAUUUCUGUGUGUAUGAGUUUGUUAUGGUUGCUCUUCUGAACAAGGGUAAAGUUGAAACGGGUUUGGAUUUUCAUUCUGCUGUGAUUGAAAGAGGCUUUGUGGUUGAUAUUGUUGCUUGUAACAAGAUUUUAAAGCUUCUUUGUAAAGAAAAUCUGAUUGGAGUUGGGGAAGAUUUCUUUAAUGCAUUGAUAAUGGGUGGUCCUGCGCCAAAUGUGGUGACAUUCAGCACGAUGAUUAACGCGUAUUGUAAGGAUGGGAAAUUGGAGGAGGCCAUUAAGCUUUAUAAGGUUAUGAUAGAGAAGGGUGUCAGCCCUGACUUGGUUGUAUAUAGUAUUCUAGUUGAUGGUCUUUUUAAGGCAGGGAAAUUGGAGGAGGGGCUUCGACUUUUUUCGGAGGCAUUAGAUAGUGGCAUUAAGUUGGAUGUAGUCAUUUUCAGUUCCGUUAUGGAUUCCUAUGUGAGAAUUGGAGACUUGGUGAAGUCAGUGGAGGUCUACGGAAGAAUGCUGAAAGAAGGGAUCUCGCCAAACCCUGUUAGUUACACCAUUCUUAUAAAUGGUAUGUGUCAGGAUGGUAAGGUCAUGGAGGCUUGUGGCAUAUUCGGUCAGAUUGUGAAGUGUGGUUUUGUGCCAUCCAUUCUAACUUACAGUAGUUUGAUUGAUGGAAUGUGCAAAUUGGGGAAUUUAAAGGAUGCAUUUUACCUGUAUGAGAGUAUGAUCAAGACUGGCUAUGAACCUGAUAUUAUUCUUUAUGGUGUGCUAGUAAAUGGCCUCUGCAAACAGGGGCUGAUGGGUGAUGCUCUUAGGUUCUUCUUUCAGGCUGUUUAUAGGGGUGUAAAGCCCAAUGUCUAUACUUUUAAUAUGUUAAUAGAUGGUUUCUGUAGGUUAAAAAGACUAAGUGAUGCUGUGAAGGUGUUCAUCCAAAUGGGAGUUUAUAACAUAAAACCUGAUAUGGUGACGUAUACUGUGAUUAUUAAGGGUAUCUCUGAAGCAGGGAGAUUAAAAGAUGCGUUAGUAUUUUUCUUCCAAUCAUUAAAGAAGGGGUUCUUGCCUGAUGUUGUAACGUAUUGCACACUAAUUGAUGGUUGCUGCAAGCAGAAACAUGUAUAUUAUGGACUCUGGAUUCUAGAGAUGAUGCGAAGAAAUGGAGUAAGUCCUGAUAUUGCCAUUUAUAAUGUUCUCAUUAAUAUGCUUUUCAAAGAAAGUUAUUUAGAAGCUGCACAAGAACUCUUUGAGCAACUUACUGAAAGUGGGCCAGAACCUGACAUUGUUACGUACAACACAAUGAUUUGUGGUUAUUGCUCUCUGAGAAGGUUAGAUGCAGCCGUUCAACUUUUUCAAAAGCUGAUACAGGGACAGUGUAAACCCAAUGCCAUUACUUGUACUAUACUGAUUGAUGCUUUUUGCAAAGAAGGUAACAUGGAUGAUGCCAUAUUGAUGUUUGAUAAAAUGCUGGAAAAGGAUCCCCAACCUAAUUUGGUCACAUAUAGUUGUCUUAUUGAUGGUUAUUUUAAAUCUGAAAACAUGAAAAGUGCAUUUGAACUGCACGAAGAGAUGCUUAAAAACAUCUCUCCCAAUAUAGUCAGUUAUAGCAUCCUUAUGGAUGGUCUUUGCAAGAGAGGGCUAAUGGAGAAAGCAUCCCUUGCGUUUCAUUGUGCUAUAGAAAGGGGUUUGGUGCCUGAUGUGAUAGCAUAUGGGAUUCUGAUUCGCGGUUACUGCAAGGUAGGAAGAAUGGCAGAAGCCCUCAUUUUGUACGGCCGUAUGUUAAUUAGUGGCAUCAUGCCAGACGCUGUCAUACAAAGGACGAUCACUGAGCAUAUUCUUGAAGCUGAUCAACGGAAAUAUUCAACCGCCCAACCGCAUGAUCUGCAGAUAAGAUCUGUUCUGUAAUACAGUGUGCCACUUGGAGCCCUUGUGGUCACCUUUUUCCACCUUUUACCUAUCUGGUACUACCUAUUAGCUAAUUGUUGUACUAACACCUAAUUUUCUUUACAGUUCUUUUCGUACUCAACUGUAUAGAUGUAUAAUUUAGUUUUUCAUUGUAAAUGAGGGAGUACAGUAUUUUAUUGAAGCUAAGUUAGCGUUAUUAUUGA